GGGUAAUUGAGAAGUCAAGUGUAUCUUGACUCCUUUCCAAUAUAUAGUACUACUAAAUUUGAAGCCCUUUCCCGUGAUAAUUUGAAAAAAUCAGUGUAAAAGAAAUCAAAGCAGAAGUUGGAAGCAAGCAAUAGAGAAUGUCAGUGGGCAUAUCGCAAGCUCGCCUCGCCGAGGAGCGCAAGGCAUGGCGCAAGAAUCACCCAUACGGUUUUGUGGCGCGACCUGAGACUACUUCGGAUGGUUCGGUCAAUUUGAUGGUGUGGCAUUGCCUCAUCCCUGGUAAAUCAAACACGGAGUGGGAGGGCGGCUACUAUCCUCUCACGAUGCAUUUUAGCGAAGACUAUCCUAGCAAACCACCCAAGUGCAAGUUCCCUCCGAAUUUCUUCCACCCUAAUAUAUACCCGUCUGGGACAGUAUGUUUGUCGAUCCUCAGUGAGGACAGUGGUUGGAGACCGGCCAUCACGGUGAAGCAAAUUCUUGUUGGUAUUCAGGAUCUACUAGACCAGCCGAAUGCAAGUGAUCCUGCCCAAACCGAUGGCUAUCAGCUUUUCACGCAGCAACCUGAGGAGUACAAGAAACGGGUGCGCCAGCAGGCCAAGAAAUAUCCAUCUCCGGUCUAGGGUUAGGCUUUCUCUUAACUUCUUAAAUCGGAGGUAACAUAUAUAUUUUGCAUAAAAAAAUACUCUACUAUUGGAAGCAAGAAAGAAAGCCUUGUUCACAUAUUUGUAGGUGCUUUUUCCUUAAUGAAACUUUUGACUAUUAUUUAUUACCUUUCUGGUCUGCUUAUAAAUUCUGUUGUUUCAA